AUGGCUCAAAGCUCUGGGGUAAAGCCUCCAUUUACCGAUUCCAAUUUCUCCCUUCCGCGAUCCGUUGUCAGUGGGCAUGAUGACGGACCCUUGGGAAAUGACAAACCAUCUCCACUGAUGCACAGCACAACCGAAGAAGAGCCGCCGCGAAAGGGAGAUAUAUUUAAGCGAGUAACUAGGAAACCCCCUACAGCUACUCCUACCCUGCAAGAUAGCGUCGCCGAGAGUAGCUUAACCGAAAGAACUGAAAGCCAAGCUAUUUCUUCCAUUCCUCCUAUUGAAGCAUCUGAACCCCCCAAACCUCCUUCUGUCAGCAUAUUCAAGAAGCUAACACGCCCGCCAGUGACUAAUGCACCUGCGGUUACAAACACUGACGCCGUCGACAAGUCCUCACAGCCAGUCGUGACACCUUCUGUAGUAUCCCGAAGGCCCUUAUUUAUCACCCCUGUCAAGAAGACCGGCGCUGCUACUGUGCUGCAGUCCAUCUCCCUGGAUACUAUUCCACUAGGGUCUAUAGCUAGCACGACCAAAAGUGCCGCCGGUAAAUUACCCAAUCCUUCAUUGAGAAGGUAUCAUGGGCUUGCAUUGGAUGGUGGAGUCCUCCAAAGAGAGCAUGAGCAGAACACCAAUCUUCAGUCUGCUAAGGUACUACAGGAUUUGGCGGACGAUUUACUAACUUCCACAAAUCGACGCAUAGAGCCGUCAGAAGAUUAUGCUGGUACCUAUAAAAGCAGAGCUACUACCCGUGACUUUGACGAUGACCUUUCAGACAUUAUUUGA